UGGGCAGCCUACGGAGAGCCGCACGGUCACCAUUGUAGCUAGUGACGGCCGCCUGAUCUGGCACAAAACGUCCAAACAGAGACUCGAUGAUCUCGUGAAAAAACAAGGAAGUCUGCCGUGGCCCCGCACAGCUGUGGAGAGACUCCUUGCCGACAUGUUUGAGGGCAGCGCCGCCCAGUUCCUGGCUAUCCUGGAGACCCUGGCUGACAGCACCCGCCGGACUCUGCUGACCAGCCCCGCUGCCCCGGACACCGAGGAUCACAUACUGGACACCUACUCGGAGCUGUUCUUUGCUGGCAUGGAGAUCAUUGGAGGAGGGGCAGGCCACAGCCCCCGAGGCCCCCACUCGGCCACUGACGUCAGCCUGGCGGGAGUGACCCAGGACAAAUGCCUGAUGGACUUGGCCGCACGGUCACAGGACGGCAUACCCAUCAGCGCAGUGGUCAAGUUUAUCAAGUGGGCCUACAACUUUGAGCAGUGGGAGGUGUACGAGAGCUUGGUCAUCGCAGUGCUGGAGUACCUCAAAAAUCAGAACGAUCAACGCUACACCCCAGAGAUCAAAAGUCUGGAGAUACUUCAGGCCAUGGAUCCCUUGAACCCAAGCAGGAAGUCCAAAAAGCCUUACUCCCACACCGACGACAGCAGUAUAGCUGACGGGCCCGCCCAGUCACAUACACGCUCACAGACUCCCCAGCCACGAUCUACAUUACCACUGAAUGAUGACAUGGUUCAACUCGCUGAAGUCUUGUACUCCUGCGUCAAGGAUCCCAUGGCAGAGUCUGUGGACAGGGAUAUGGUGGUCGACGCCACCUUGUUCCUGUGGAAUCGCUGUAAGUCUGUCUUCCAGAAGGUCCAGACGGGGGCAUCUGAUAGCGGGAAAUACCUGCAGAAAAUUGACCAGCCAAACAAGUGGGUUCACAUCCUAAGUAUCGUCCACGAGGUCAUGUACUGGUGCGGGAUCAGCACCAUGGACUCUGGAGUGACAGCCGAGGUGGCCAUCCGCCUGGCCCUCGUCCUGGAAAAUAACGCCGCCAAUGAGUCUGACGCAGGCAAGGUGAAAGCUAAGACAGCAGCUGUGGAGACAGGCUCUGGAGGCAGGCAGUCCCGAGAUGUAGAUGAUCAGUCCAUCUCUACACUCCAGAAAGAUGCUACUCCUGUCCUCAAGUCCCCUGCCAGGCCAACAGGCGAGGCAGGGAGGGACACCACAACGGCCCAGGGCGGCCGGGCCAGCACCUCCCAGUACACCUCCUCCAUCCUGCUGCAGCUGGGCGCGCAGGAGCAGCUGCUGGCCGCCCGGGAGAUCCUGGAGAGGGCACUGCAGGGGAUGUCCAAGGCGCGACAGAUCGUGGCGCUGACGGACGGCAAGUCUAUUGCCGACGUCAGCUGGGUCAAGGACAAUGCAUCCGGUAAGACAAGCAAGACCACCAUUGUCCUGGACGCCGCGGACAAGGACACCACCACGGAGAAGGCCGAGGACAACCCUGAUGGGGUGCACAACACCAUCAUGGACCUUCACCUGGAGCUGCUGUACAUGUACCACCGGGUCUGUCUCAAGUUGGCCCGCACCGUCAGCGGCGGCUGGGGAGAGGGCGGCAGUGGGGGGACCAAGGCCAAGGCGGGGUCUGGGAAGGGGCAGAAGAGCCGGGCAGCCCCAGAGCAGAGACUGAUCCAGAGAGCAGAUGGGCACGUUGUCCACAUUGAGACAGCCGAUGAGCUACUGAGCAGCUGUGGAAAGAACCCGAUAUCCAGGGCUCUCUUUCUCAUGCAGAGGGCCCUGCUGAUGUCCAAGUCUGGUGUCCCGACUCAGGAGCAAGCUGGACUCUUAAAGGAGGUAGUGAGUCAAGUGACCAAGGCCCAAGACCAGGAGUACAAGCUGUUUGCCUACAAUGCUCCCCAGCAGCAGCAGGGCCAGACGGCCAGGGAGUCAGGGGUGCCCCCGGCCCCAUUACUGCUUUGCCGUACUGACACCACCAUGGUCUUCAGGCCAGGCCCCUAUAACCCACCACAGAAGGUGGCUUGGUACAGGCUGUUUGGCCGGCUGGCCAGUGGUAGCAACGUCAAAGUCAGAUUGAAUGACUACUUCCUGCCUGGAACCGGGGAAGAGGUACCAGCGUAUGAUUGUGAGCUGCACAUCUCGGGCCUGCAGACCAACGAGAAGUACGUGUUUGCUGUGGCGGCGUACACGGCCAACGGCGUUCUCAUCGGGGACAGCAUCGGCGACACCACCAAGCCAAUCCUGGCAUCGCACCCCCUGCCCAUCCUCAUGACUUGGGCCUUCCUCAGUCAGGCUGCCUACCAGGUUGGGUGCUAUCCCAUCGGCCUGACUGCCAGCACCGUGCUGUGGGACCACUUUGUGGCCCCCGUCCCGCCACCAGAAUCGGACGUUGAGCUGGUGACGGCUAGAGAGGACUUCAAGCUGACCCUCAGAAAGUUGAACCCCAAGACUUGCUCCGUAGCCUCCCCAGUCCUACUGCGGAUGUUCCUAACCAGCAUCUUCAUCAAUGUAGACGUCAGUGUAAGAGAAGGGGAGAUCUACUGUGACAAGCUCUGUGAUCGAGGACCCUACUCUAAGGGGCAGCUUCAACGAUUGGCUGAGUGUGAGCGUAUGCUAGUGGCCAUGGAGUUAGCUGGCUGGCUGAACGAGUCCAACCUAGCCCUGCAGGCCGUGGUGCAGUGCUACGGGCUGCUGGCUCCCAUCAUCCACUACAAGAUCCCAUCCACGCCAGUUGUACAGGUGCUGACGCGCUGCUAUGCCAUCCUGCUGGAGAUGCCGGCCAGCCUGCGCCAGCGCCGCCAGCAAUCUGUCUCGGACAGCCUGCACCACAUGAUCGCCGUUAUCACCUACCACAUGGCCAAGGUGCUGCGGGUCUGGAAGCAGAAGGGUCUGGCCAACCAUGUCACCGACACCGGCAAGAAAAUGCUGGCCAUUGAGAAGGAGUCCGAGCAGAAAGGGAAGGUGGAGGCCAUCGAUUUCAUCGAGGACGUCGACGGCGGGACUGGCCAAGCAGGGGCAGUGGUUGCCAAGAAGAAGCGCCCUCGACGGUUUGGUCAGACCAUCUACAAUGUGGAAGGCCCGAAGAACGAGGAGUUGAGGGCGCUGGAGGCACACAUGCUCAAACUAUCUAAACUCGCUCACAAUGCCGAUGAAUUGACUGGGUCUGAAGACCCUAACAUCCUGCAUGCCUUCAUCGCAGCUUUACCAAGCAGAUAUGCCUACAAAGAAGUUGUAAAGUUUCGCCGGCGCGCUCGCUUCCUGGAGUUUGUGGUCCAGGUGGUUCAGAAGGCAUUGAGCGAGGGAUUGGUCGACACGGCCAUUGAAUGGUGUCAAGACUCCAGCCAGUGGCUUAUUAGACGCAACGAGCAGCUCUCAGCUGUGAAGGCCACACUGUCCAAGCAGCCAGGCGGGGUGACCGUAGCCGGAGAUGACCCCAAGAAAUACGCUGCCGCCGUCAUUGAGUACACAAAGAACAAGCCGACCGCCGUGCAGGCGGCCACCAACAAGAACCAGCCGGAGGCCCAGGACGCCAAGAGCCCCCGGCGCAAGAAGAAGAAGUUCCAGCUGCUGGUGCACCUCCGGUCCCACCAGGCCAAGAUGUCGGACGCCGCCAAGGCCCAGCAGGAGCAGAAGGAGCUCCAGGCCUUUGAGAAGUUGGAGCAGAUCCUGCCCGAGUUCUACCACACCCAGAAGAAGAAGCAGCGUCUGAGGAAGAUAUGUGCCGACGAGAUUCCCUGGAGAACUCAGUUGAACAUCCUUCAGGGCUUGUGCCACUUUGCCCAGUUCUUGAACAAGGUGGAGAAGCGAGAUAAACUGAUGGGACCAGCGGCGGGAGACAUUUACAGAUCUUCUUACUUGGACAAUGAAUGGUUCACCUUUGAGACCGCGGGCACCCUGGUAGUAGGCUGGGACGGUGGACCAUCCCGGGCAGCUACCAGGCAGGAUGACACACGGCCGUCCAUGAACGACCCCGUCAUGGUGCAACUGCAGCAGAUGGACCCAGGGGACGAGUACAAGAUGCAGCCGUCAGCCAUCGAGGUGGCUGCGCUUGUUACUGUGGGUAAGCCAGUGCCAUUGGUGCCCCCACCUCCCGACGACAAAGAGUCAGACACCAUGAGGACGUACCGGUCCUACGACAGCGAGAAACCCACCACCAAGGCCCCACAGCACCACGUCGACUACGCCGGCAUCACCACGCAGGCCACCGUAGACAGCCUCAAGAAGACAUUCAACCACCUCAAGAAGGCAGUGGUGCUGGCGCACCGCGGCAGCCACUGGACUCUCCUUCAGAACGCCAGCCGGGCCCUGUGGAACUGUGCCCACACGGCCCUGCUCCACACCUUCGCCAGCGGCCACACCAACGGCCUGCUGUCCGUGGAGGCCCUGAGGGCUGUGGUGUGGCGGCCCUUCUACACGGCCGUGGACUGCCUGCUGGACAUGAUGGUGUGCCUGCAGAGCCAGGCCGAGGCAUCUCAGAAGAAGUCCAAGAAGCAGCCACCCAUCCUAGUCAACACCUGGGUGGGGACGGUGUCGGACGAGAAGGGCGGGGCCAGCCUGAAGUUUGAGAACGCCCUGGAUGACGUCAGCACUGUAGACUCCCGCUGGAUGCGUCGCAUGGUGCUGAGGGUGCUGGAGAUGCUGUAUUAUGAACAGCAGUGGGAAUGCCUGGCCGAUGUGGCCAUGAGAUUCAACAUCUUGACACAGGAGCGCUACUCGGAGCAGGUCAGCCCUCUCCUCGUCCAGGCCCAGCGCAAGCUCAUCUCCCGCCUCCAGGCCUACGGGGGCCCGCCCCCAGUCCAGCCCCACUUCCAACGUGCCUCAGACAAGCUGGGCGGGGCACUGAUCACAGCCAGGAAUUACAAGGAGGUCCAGCUGACGGUGGAGCUGGACCCCACCGAUCUCAAGGCCAUUGACAUGGGUGGACGGAUUGACCCUGAGGGGCACGAUGUUUACGGAGGAGCCUCAGAUGCAGGCAAGCUGGUCUGCGUUCCCCUGGAUGUGGGCGACAGCCUGACUGUGUUCCAGCAAGCGUUGAGCGCCUCUAACUACACAGCCAGAGCCUUGCAGCACAGCCGCAAGCUGCUGGUGCUCUACCUUGCUACGCAGCAAAAUGCUGCCCCUGUACCCAGCCACCACAGCAUCCACAGCCGGGUGGGCUUCUCCGAGACCGAUGACCAGCCCCAGAUGACUGUCCCACCAGACCUGGCCCAAGCGAAAUUCAAGACCAUGGCCGAGGUCCAGACAUCGGCCCUGCCCAAGUCACAACUUGGGGUGGUGCUGACCUCCUAUGACAAGACUAUCGAGAUGUUACUGGCCAGGAAGCAGUUAGGCCUUGCAGCCCAGGCCAUGCAUGAACUGGGCAACCUCCACUACCAUGCGGCGAAUAUCAGAGCUGCUUUCAAGUGGUGGUCGGAGUCCCUGGAUCUCAUCAUGAACACCACUGACACCCUGCACAGCUGGCGUCAGCUGCUGACAGGUCAGAGGUCACAGCACGAGAUCAGCUCCCAGCUGCUGGAUCGCUGUGGCAUGUGGGGCUGCCUGCUGGGGGCGGUGUUGGCCUCCAAGAUAGCACAGUACAUCCUGACCUCCGACCUGGGCCUGCGCAUGGAGAGCUGCUUCCUGUCGGCCUUCCUCUUCAAGGCACUGUUCCGGGCCUCCCUGCCCCACCCGACAGCCGACCGGGACUACGCCCUGUACGAGAUCGGCGAGGGCUGCGAGGUGCAGUACCUGGUGCCCGGCGUUGACCUGCUGUCGGAUCGCUACCGCUGCGACGGCCGGACGCUGCUGGCCUCGCUGCGCUGGGUGGCCGAGGAGCUGUCCAGGGGCAGGCACAGUCUCAUGGUUUUACCUCUGCUUACACUGUAUCAGUACCUGACUACGUUUGUCUGCCGGGACCUUCAGCGUGCAGUGGAUGGCCGCAUCCUCAAGGUACGCAUUCUGACUGACCUGAGUCUGUACAGUGAAGCCUUCACCGUCCUUGGUCGUCUGCUGCAUGGUGAACGCCUACCACAGACGGCCGACAACAACUUCCGUCAAGUGGAGUCCAAGAUGUCUUCUCAGAAGUUCAACUCGGCCAAGCCACUGAUGGAACCCACCAAUCUAAAGAUGCUGGAGACGCUGAUUGAGAAGAGACUAUCACCCUCGCUGGCCACACUGUACGGGCCCCACCUGACGUGUCACCUGUCCCUAGCCCAGGCGCACCUGAUGGUGGCCAUUGCGUCCACAAUACAAGCCAUGCCCGACGUAGACAUCGUCACGACCAGUACGAGCCCCGAACCGCCCCAGAGGAAACCCAGCCCAACCACCAGCACCACCAUCAGCAAGCCGCCCAACUCUGUGGUGUCCAAGAAGACGGAGAAGACGCACACCAAGAUCACCGUGGAGGAUGCCUUGGCAUCUGAGGAAGGCUCGGUUGAGAGUCUGACCGUAACAGAAGACACAGGCAAGAAAUUUACCGGAGGCAAGAAACCACUAACAUUGGAGGCUGUCAAGGGAGGGCUUUUGAGGACAGCUGAACAGACUUUGAAGAUUAUGGUAGAGAUCAUGCAGGGCCAAGGGACUUGUGGUCAGUCAGCAGCCGAGCUGGAGCUCAUCGUCCUGGCCAAGCUGGAGCUGGCCUCCAUCCACAGGGAGUUGCACCUGGCGGUUACUGGUGCCCAGGUGGUCAUCUCAGCCAUGACGGCCCUGCAAGGCAGCAGCUUGUUUGAAGAGAGCAAGAAGCUCAAGGCACCUCGCAGGCUGUCGUCCUUCAAGGGUAGCAAGCUGAAGUUCCAGAUGGCCUCCCAGCCCGAGCCCCCUACCCCCCUGGAGGUGGACAGCUCCAGCCAGUACCAAUACCAAAACUUCCAGAGCCGGUCCCGGCUGGACGGCCGGCUGUGGUUGGACUGCCGGCUGGCCCUGGUUAAGUGCCUGAUGGGCCGGGUCAGGGGAAUGGGUCUCCUCGGAAGUUCCGGUGGGCCAUCAGAGGACCUGGACUGCCGCCAUUUCUGCAUGCAAGGCCUGACGGAGGCCGAGGCCUGCGGGGAUAACGAGAUGCAGGCGGAGUUCCUGAUGCAAGGGGCGUUGCUGGACCUGCAGGAGGGGCGGUCGCUGGACGACAUCAAGCAGACGCUGCAGGAGGUCGUGAGCCUCCUGGAGCAGCAACAGACCCUGUCCUCCCCUGGCCACCUCCUGCUGGCUCUCGCGAAGAUCCAGCUGACCGACCUCCAGGCCCUGGCCGCCCAUGCCUACCACAAGGAGAAGGGGGCGCCCAUCACAGAGAGCACCCUGGCUGCCUACGCUGAGGCCCAGCAGACUCUGCACAGUCAGAUGAUGCUACUCGGUGAGAAGAUUGAGCGACACACCUCCAUCUCCUACCUGUCAACACCCGCCAGCCCCCUCCAGAACAUCUACCUACCCCACCUGCUCUACCUGGCCAAGACCAAAUUGAGGAUAGGCCACGCCCUGGCCCGCCAGGCCACCAGGGAACAAGCCAAGACCAGUGCAAAGGUUCUUGGCGACCUGACCCCAGACCCCUGGCUCCAAGCAGCCGGCGUCCUCUCCACGGGCCUGGAGCUCGGCCGGGUCUGCGCCCGGCAGGAAGGCAGCCUGCUGGCCGAGCUGCUGCUGCAGCUGGGGAAAGUGCAGCGGCAGCUGGCCCGCUGCAGCAGAAACAGCAGCAGUGGAGCCUGCUACCAGCCCAGGGCGGCGGCAGGGACACUCCUCCAGGCUGUCACGACCAGCAUGGCUGCCACCCACGAUUUAGGUCUGAUCCGCCAGGCCUACCUGGAGAUAGCCCUGCUUUACCUAGACAGUGCCGGCCAGAGACUCAAGAUCAUCAACGACCUGCAGCAAGCGGAGAGAGAGGAGGGUAGAACCCUCGCUGUCCAAGCAUUGCCAGAGAAGAAGAAAAAAUCCAGGAGCCCAAGCUCCUCGGCCUCCAAGAAACCCUCCCGCACCUCCACCACGACCACUGCCAAGGCCACACCGUCCAGGCGAGACCUGGCCCUGAAGGAUGCAUCGGCUGAGCGCGGCAGGGAGCUGACCGCCGCCUGGCUGGCCGUGCGGGCUGCCACCACGGUGGCCGCGGCCCAGCGGUCACUGGCCCUCCUGGUGGGUGACCCGUCGCUGACCUCACUGACCCUGAAGGACAAGGUCAAGGAGUUGAUCCCAGAUUUCGUCAUGCAGGACCUGACAAGUACUCCUAAAGUUGAGCGUGGCGUCUCCCCUCCAGCAGCUAAUAAGCCCAGGCUGGAGACCUUGGAUGAAGUCAAAGCAGACAUGGAAGAUGAGGAUGGCUUCUCUGUAGCCUCACUGUCUCCUAUCGAGCCUGCAGGUCAAGCCUUCACCCAGAAGUCCGUCGCCCUGAGCUGGGUGCACCUGCUGAGCUACACGGCCAUCCUGCAGCGCACCUGCAACCUGGACACCAUGGGGCCGGGGGCGGACACCGGCAGGCCCGAAGGGGCAGCAGCAGCAGAGAGCGGCAGCCUGGGUGCUGGCUUUGACCUGGGCUUUGUCAACCACAGUGGCUUGGACACGGGCAUCAAUCACGACGCGGUGCGCCUGCCACUGCUGUGCGCCGACGGCCUGCUGCGCCUGCGAAGCAUGCUGGGGUUCCUACGCAGCCACCUGCCCGUGUUCACCGACAGCUGCCAGGCAGGUAAGCCCCCCAGUGGCCUGGUGUUGCCAUUCAGUGGUCCCCCAACAGAGCUGGCCAUUCCUGCCAAGGGAUAUCCCGAGAAUGUCUUCUGCUGGGUCAGCAAAACAGGGGAGGAUUCAAACAAGAAAGAGGCCAAAAAGGAAUUGGAUAAAACCUUACCCUCCAGGGAGAAUGAGCUUUGUCUCCAGUGGUACCAGCCCUCCACCCUCCACCUUAAUGGCACCCCAAACCGACAGGUUCUCCUCCUCUAUGCCAUCGGAAAUGCCACGCCCCCGAAACCAUCCCCCUCCAAAGCCACCGCUGAGACGCCCAUGCCCACCGUCGGCUGCAUGACCCUAGCCCUGCCCCAGGUCACGGACCUCCACGAUCGACUGGCUGUCUUGAGACAGAAGGCCGAGAUUUCCCUAGCUGCAGCCGAGAAGCCCAAGCCACCGAGCACCCCAGCCGCCGGUGCACCUUCCAAGGACGGGACCAGCACUCCCGGGAAACCCACCAACCGCAAGUCCAAGAGAACGGCUCGCAUCACGCAGCUGUCAGCCAAGGUCAAACGAGAUGAGAAUCUAGAGGCUUUGCUGAGGCAGUGUGUGGACACCAUACAAGAACUUCUGAAGUACAAAGCACCAGAACAAGACCAGCAGGACCAGCAAGUCAUUCCUUUUGAGGUUGAGCUGCCCCGUAUUCACAGCCUGGAGCAGCUGUUCGAUCCCAGCUACGGCGACUGCCUCAAGGGCACCAAGAUUUAUGAUUGGCUGUCGCCCAUGCUUCAGUAAGCAGUGCUGCGGUUCUACGCAGAGCCCUACAUUCUGGCAAAGCGCAGACCCUACUCCACGGUAGUUUCAACUUUAUGACAACUUGCCGAUCGAACACACUGUAAAGCCAGACGUAUCCAUCUUGUUUAUUGAUUUUUACGCUUUCAACAAUUUCAACCCUACCAAAUGAUUUAUCCGUCCUGUUACUUACACUUAUCAUUCUGUUCCGUCCCAUUACCAUUCCACUGCCAAAUGUUAUUGGUCUAGGCUGCUGUUGUGUUUAUACUUUUAUUAGAUUUGUUAUGAUAUGUAAAUGUAAUAUGAAAAGGUCACCUUUAAGGUUUGUAUUUAUGUCCUUUUUGUCCUUUUGCUGCCAUCCGGCCUUACAUCCUCAUCGUUUCAUAUUAACCAUUAUUCAAGGAGUAAGAAGUUGUAUUGUUAUAUGAGAAAAGAGAGGUACAAUAUAGAGAAUACACUACAUGUGAUCAAAAGUUAAUUUAAGACAUGUACACAUUGGUCGAGUUCGGGCGCCGUGUUCUUGACACAGGUUUCUUGUUCUCACGCUCG